AAGUUGUCCUCGCCCGGAAUGGGCUGCUUUCCGGCGGGGAGCGCGGGGUGGGCCUGGCUUUGUUUAUUUGUAGGAUCGACGGAAAGUGAGUGACCCCGGUUUUUAAAUGGGGGGCCACCUUCGGGACCUGUCAGAAGAGCUGAAGCGCCCAAAGUGGGAGCAAGAUCUCUUUUUGUUCUUUUUUCCCCCCCGGGAAUCUGAAGGGGUGCGCGGAGUUGGGCUGGUGCCUCGGGCUGCAAGGAAGCACCACUAAAUUUGGGGGGUUCUGUAGUGACUCAUUCGGAAAGACCCGCUCCCUGAAGUCUCCCGCGACGGGGGUCUGAAGGUUUGGCAACCGCGCCCUCCUUUACCCCCUGGACCUUGGGUGGUCUGAGAGUCGCGUCUUCGGAUUAGGGGGAGCUAAGGGGGUGACCAGCGGACCAGACUCCUGACCCGCACCUUUCCCCGCGCGGCGGGCGCUGUUUGGAGCCCUUGGAUUUGUGGUGGGCCCUGCCCCCCAACCCCCGCAUUUUCUUUGGAAGCGUUGGGGAGGGGGCUUGUGUGAGAUCGCUCGGCCCUCGCCCCCGCCGGAGCCGCCCCAGGGCCGCCGGCAAACAGAGUCCCUUUCAAGUUUUCCGCUGGGGCCGCCUGGCGGGGGCUGCGAGCGCGGUCGCUGCGGACUUGUUUGGAGCGCGAUUUGAACGCCCGGCGCCACCUCAGCUGCCCCAGGCCGCGGGGUGAGGGGCGUCUGUCCUUUGCAGUUGGGAGUAUUUAAAUUAGACGUUUUGGGGGGGCCUACUGGCCUAAGCUUCACCUGGUCCCCCUCCUGAAAGAUGCCCGUGCCUUGGUUUCCAACCGCCACUAGAAAACCGGGAACUGAGACCGAAGCCCCCUCUAAACCCCUUUCUGAGAGCCAUGCGGGGAAACUCAGGCUGGCGGGCUACCUACCCAGUGAAGACAUUUCCACCUGGACACCUGACCAUGUGCCUGCCCUGAGCAGUGAGGCCCACCAGGCAUCUCUGUUGUGGGCAGCAGGGCCAGGUCCUGGUCCGUGGACCCUCGGCAGUUGGCAGGCUCCCUCUGCAGCGGGGUCUGGGCCUCGGCCCCACCAUGUCGAGCCUCGGCGGUGGCUCCCAGGACGCCGGCGGCAGUAGCAGCAGCAGCACCAAUGGCAGCGGUGGCAGUGGCAGCAGUGGCCCAAAGGCAGGAGCAGCAGACAAGAGUGCAGUGGUGGCUGCCGCCACACCAGCCUCAGUGGCAGAUGACACACCACCCCCCGAGCGUCGGAACAAGAGUGGUAUCAUCAGUGAGCCCCUCAACAAAAGCCUGCGCCGCUCCCGCCCGCUCUCCCACUACUCUUCUUUUGGCAGCAGUGGUGGCAGUGGCGGUGGCAGCAUGAUGGGCGGAGAGUCUGCUGACAAGGCCACUGCAGCUGCAGCCGCUGCCUCCCUGUUGGCCAAUGGGCACGACCUGGCGGCGGCCAUGGCGGUGGACAAAAGCAACCCUACCUCAAAGCACAAAAGUGGUGCUGUGGCCAGCCUGCUGAGCAAGGCAGAGCGGGCCACGGAGCUGGCAGCCGAGGGACAGCUGACGCUGCAGCAGUUUGCGCAGUCCACGGAGAUGCUGAAGCGCGUGGUGCAGGAGCACCUCCCGCUGAUGAGCGAGGCGGGUGCUGGCCUGCCUGACAUGGAGGCUGUGGCAGGUGCCGAAGCCCUCAAUGGCCAAUCCGACUUCCCCUACCUGGGCGCUUUCCCCAUCAACCCAGGCCUCUUCAUUAUGACCCCGGCAGGUGUGUUCCUGGCCGAGAGCGCGCUGCACAUGGCGGGCCUGGCUGAGUACCCCAUGCAGGGAGAGCUGGCCUCUGCCAUCAGCUCCGGUAAGAAGAAGCGGAAACGCUGCGGCAUGUGCGCGCCCUGCCGGCGGCGCAUCAACUGCGAGCAGUGCAGCAGUUGUAGGAACCGAAAGACUGGCCAUCAGAUUUGCAAAUUCAGAAAAUGUGAGGAACUCAAAAAGAAGCCUUCCGCUGCUCUGGAGAAGGUGAUGCUUCCGACGGGAGCCGCCUUCCGGUGGUUUCAGUGACGGCGGCGGAACCCAAAGCUGCCCUCUCCGUGCAAUGUCACUGCUCGUGUGGUCUCCAGCAAGGGAUUCGGGCGAAGACAAACGGAUGCACCCGUCUUUAGAACCAAAAAUAUUCUCUCACAGAUUUCAUUCCUGUUUUUAUAUAUAUAUUUUUUGUUGUCGUUUUAACAUCUCCACGUCCCUAGUAUAAAAAGAAAAAGAAAAAAAUUUAAACUGCUUUUUCAGAAGAACAACAACAAAAAAGAGGUAAAGACGAAUCUAUAAAGUACCGAGACUUCCUGGGCAAAGAAUGGACAAUCAGUUUCCUUCCUGUGUCAAUGUCGAUGUUGUCUGUGCAGGAGAUGCAGUUUUUGUGUAGAGAAUGUAAAUUUUCUGUAACCUUUUGAAAUCUAGUUACUAAUAAGCACUACUGUAAUUUAGCACAGUUUAACUCCACCCUCAUUUAAACUUCCUUUGAUUCUUUCCGACCAUGAAAUAGUGCAUAGUUUGCCUGGAGAAUCCACUCACGUUCAUAAAGAGAAUGUUGAUGGCGCCGUGUAGAAGCCGCUCUGUAUCCAUCCACGCGUGCAGAGCUGCCAGCAGGGAGCUCGCAGAAGGGGAGGGAGCGCCAGGCCAGCUGAGCUGCACCCACAGUCCCCAGACUGGGAUCCCCCACCCCAACAGUGAUGAUUUUGGAAAAAAAAAUGAAAGUUCUGUUCGUUUAUCCAUUGCGAUCUGGGGAGCCCCGUCUCGAUAUUUCCAAUCCUGGCUACUUUUCUUAGAGAAAAUAAGUCCUUUUUUUCUGGCCUUGCUAAUGGCAACAGAAGAAAGGGCUUCUUUGCGUGGUCCCCUGCUGGUGGGGGUGGGUCCCCAGGGGGCCCCCUGCAGCCUGGGCCCCCCUGCCCACGGCCAGCUUCCUGCUGAUGAACAUGCUGUUUGUAUUGUUUUAGGAAACCAGGCUGUUUUGUGAAUAAAACGAAUGCAUGUUUGUGUCACGAA